CUAAUUUAUGUUAUCCACAGCCGCAGGUUUCCAAUCCAUGUUAAAAGAAGGAGCUCGUCAUUAUCAGGGAUUAGAGGAGGCCAUACUGAAAAACAUCCAAGCAUGCAAGGAAAUCUCAAAUAUGACCAAAACCUCAUUAGGUCCCAAUGGAAUGAAAAAGAUGGUCGUCAAUCAUAUAGACAAAAUAUUUGUAACAAGUGACGCAGCAACAAUCCUUAAAGAGAUGGAAAUCUAACACCCUGCUGCUAAGAUGGUUCUUAUGGCUGCAAAAAUGUAAGAAACUGAAUAAGGUGAUGCAACCAACUUUGUGAUCACAUUGGCUGGUGAAUUAUUGUAAUAAGCUGAAAGUUUGAUUAAAUUGGGAUUGCAUCCAAGCUAAAUUGUGGUUGGUUAUGAAACUGCCCUUAAAAGUGCAUUAGAUUUAUUAGAUCAACAAAAGGUUUGGGAAAUCACAGAUGUAGCUGAUGAAACCUAGGUUCUUUAAGCUAUUAGAACAUCUUUGAGUAGUAAACUAUCAGAUUAUUCCAAUUUAAUUGCUGGUUUGGUAGCUAAAGCAUGUAUAAGAUGUUUACCAAAAGAAAAAACCAGUUUCGAUUCAGAAUAUGUCAGAGUCACAAAAAUCUUAGGUGGAUCAGUAUUAGACAGUCAUGUACUCUCAGGACUUAUUGUAACUAGAAAUGUAGAAGGAUAAAUUAACAGAUUGGAUAAUCCAAAGAUUUGUGUAUUCAAUGCUCCAUUGGAUCCAUAAUCUCAGGAGACUAAAGGAACUGUUUUGAUUAAAAAUGCAACAGAAUUAAUGAAUUACACUAAAAGUGAAGAGGAAUUAGCUGAGAAGAUUGUUAAGAGUAUUGCUGAUGCAGGUGUCAAUCUUAUUGUUGCAGGAGGUAGCAUUUCAGAAUUAGUAUUACAUUUUGUUGAAAAAUAUAAAAUGAUGAUUGUGAAAGUCUAAUCUAAAUUUGAAUUAAAGAGAUUAUGCAAAGCCAUAGGAGCUAGUGCAUUAUCCAGAUUAUCAGCACCUAUGCCAGAUGAGUUAGGAACAUGUGAUAGAGUACAUGUACAAGAGAUUGGUAGUCAAAAAGUGACUAUCUUUGAAAAACAAAGUGACACUUGUAAAUUAGCAACAAUAGUGUUGAGAGGAGCUACUCAAAAUUUAUUGGAUGAUAUUGAAAGAGCUAUUGAUGAUGGUGUUAGUUGUUAUAGAUCACUCAUUAAAGAUGCAAGAUUUGUUUAUGGUGGUGGUGCAACAGAAAUUAAAUUAGCAUAAUUAUUAGAAUAAGAAGCAAAUAAGAUUAAAUCAAUUGACCAAUAUGCCUAUAGACAAUAUGCUUAAGCCUUUGAAAUCAUCCCAAGAAUUUUGAUUGAAAAUGCUGGUCUUGCUUAAAAUGAAAUGAUGGCUUAAAUGCAUAAAUUAAAUUCUGAGAAGCCUCAUUCACUUAACAUUUCGACAGCUACAUUAUCACCAUCCUAAGAUUUGAAAGUGUUUGAUCAUCUUAAAACUAAAUGGUGGGCUAUCAAAUUGGCAACUGAUGCUGCUGUUACUAUUUUGAGAGUAGAUUAAAUUAUCAUCGCUAAACCUGCAGGAGGACCUAAAAUGCCAGAUAGAGGACAUUGGGAUGAUUAAGAUUGAGUAUGAUUGUAUUCAUAGAAUUAUAAAAUUGUUGUAUUUGUUCCAGAUAA